GUUUUGUUUACGGACCUGUCAUUUAAUUGUCAUUGUCAUUUAAUAAAAUCCCAAAAUCAACUAAAACAAAUUUACACAAAUUAAUUAAAACAUGGACUUGUUAGGAUCAAUUAUGAAUUCAAUGGAUAAACCGCCGUCUUUAAGUGAAAAAGAAAAAAACAUAAUCAAAAAAAGAAAAGAAGAAAUGGAUCGAAGACAAGCGAUUGAAAAGGAAAAUUUACGUAAAUUCAAAGAAUACACCGAAACAAAAAUGAAAGUAUUUUUUGAAAAUGAUGAAAAUAUCAACAUGAAGUUUACACCGAUGAAUCAAAUAUACAGAAGCAUUGUACAUGAAGUGGCAGAAUCGUUAGAUUUAAUAUCUUUUUCGUUUGGAAUCGAAGACGUUGAUAGAUACGUACGGGUUUAUAGAAAAGCGAAUCCCCCGUGUGAAGAUGAAUUGUUGGCAAGAAAACGGGGUGAUCCCUGGAACGAUGACAUCAAGAAAAAAAUGAUUGAGAAGAGAAAACUUGAUCAAUUGGAAUCCGAAGAAUUAAAUAAAAAACCGACUAAGAAAUUUGUGCCCAAUACAAACUAUGAAGACAAAUAUGUUCAUUUGAUUGGGGAAAUAUCAUCUAUUGAAAUGGCUAGGAAAACAGAAACAAAUAAAACUUAUGGAUUUGUUCCUAGUGAAAAUAAAAAAGACAUCCGAUCUAUUGAACAAACCAUGGCGGAUAUUAAGGCAAAGAAGAAACUUAGGCAAGAAAACGAAUCGAAAGUGCAAGAACCCAAGGAGUAACAUUUUUUAUUUUUUUCUCCUUUUUAGUGUAACAAACUUUUAAUUAAUUCUGUAAAGUAUUUAACUUAAUUAGGAAACAAUAAAAAAAGUUAGUUUGGUAUGAUAAAGUACAAAUUAUUAACACUAUUUAUAAUUUUAUUAUACUAAUGUGUUAAUGAAAUAAAAUUACGUGGAAAAUAGCA